GCCGGCGUUGACUACUCCAGGGGUGCGUGUACCUCAGGGACAAAGGGCGGGACCGUGCACUCCUGUAGUCCCAGCACUCCAGAGGCAGAGACAGGCAGGUCUCUGAGAACGAGAUUCCGACUUCGUCUACAACAGGUCUCUUGUUAUCCCAGGCUGGCCUGGAGUUUACUGUGCACCCAAAGAGAACCUUGAACUAACGAUCCUUUUUACCUCCACCUACCACUGCUGGGAUUACAAAUGUGUGCCACCGUCGCCUGUUUCUGUGGAUCCAAUCCGUGGCCUCGUGCAUUGUAAGCAAACAUCCUACAAAAUUACAUCUGGGUCUCGGCAACCAUCCGUUCAUUUGCCAAUGAAGUAUAUCCUGGUUACUGGUGGAGUCAUCUCGGGCAUUGGUAAAGGGAUCAUCGCUAGUAGCAUUGGAACGAUUCUCAAAUCAUGUGGACUCCGAGUUACUGCCAUCAAAAUCGACCCCUAUAUUAAUAUCGACGCUGGGACUUUCUCACCAUAUGAACAUGGUGAAGUGUUUGUUUUAAAUGAUGGUGGAGAAGUUGAUUUGGAUCUUGGAAAUUAUGAAAGGUUUUUGGAUAUUAAUCUUUAUAAAGACAACAAUAUCACCACUGGGAAGAUCUAUCAGCAUGUGAUCAAUAAAGAGAGGCAUGGUGAUUACCUGGGGAAAACCGUUCAAGUUGUCCCCCACAUUACUGACGCUAUCCAGGAAUGGGUUCUGAAUCAAGCCAAGGUGCCUGUGGACGAUAAUAAGCAGGAGCCCCAAAUAUGCAUUAUUGAGCUGGGAGGCACUAUAGGCGACAUCGAAGGAAUGCCAUUUGUGGAAGCAUUCCGACAGUUCCAGUUUAAGGCAAAAAGAGAGAAUUUCUAUAAUAUUCAUGUCAGCCUUGUCCCACAGCCCAGUGCUACCAGAGAACAAAAAACCAAGCCCACACAAAACAGUGUUCGUGCGCUUCGGGGGUUGGGCCUGUCUCCAGAUCUGAUUGUCUGCCGAAGCUCCUCGCCCAUUGAGAUGCCUGUGAAGGAGAAGAUUUCUAUGUUUUGUCAUGUGAACCCUGAACAGGUCAUCUGUAUCCAUGAUGUUUCUUCCACCUACCGAGUGCCUGUCCUUUUGGAGGAGCAAGGCAUUGUUCAAUAUUUAAAGGAGAGGUUGGGCUUACCCAUCAGUGAUUCUUCGAGUAAUUUGCUUUUCAAGUGGAAAAAUAUGGCUGACAGGUAUGAAAAAUUACAGAAAAUAUGCUCCAUAGCCCUGGUUGGUAAGUAUACCAAGCUCAGAGACUGCUACGCAUCUGUCUUCAAAGCCCUGGAACACUCGGCCUUGGCCAUCAACCACAAGCUGAAUGUGAUGUACAUAGACUCUGUUGAUCUAGAGCAGAUCACCAAAGCCGAGGACCCUGUGAAAUUCCAUGAAGCUUGGCAGAAGCUGUGCACAGCUGAUGGUAUUCUUGUGCCUGGGGGCUUUGGAAUCCGAGGAUCACUGGGAAAACUCCAGGCAAUUUCUUGGGCAAGGACAAAGAAGAUUCCAUUUCUGGGAAUUUGCCUUGGGAUGCAGCUGGCAGUGAUUGAGUUUGCAAGAAACUGCCUGAAGUUGAAAGAUGCUAAUUCCACAGAAUUUGAACCAACCACCCCAGUUCCUUUGGUGAUUGACAUGCCUGAAUACAGUCCUGGCAACUUGGGCGGAACAAUGAGACUGGGCCUAAGACGAACUGUUUUCAAAACAGAAAAUUCCAUACUGAGGAAGCUUUAUGGUGACGUUCCUUUUGUAGAAGAAAGACACAGACAUCGGUAUGAGGUGAACCCUAAUCUGAUCAAUCACUUUGAGCAGAAAGACCUAUGUUUUGUAGGUCAGGAUGUUGAUGGGAAGAGGAUGGAAAUCAUUGAAUUGGCAAAUCAUCCCUAUUUCGUUGGUGUCCAGUUCCAUCCAGAGUUUUCUUCCAGGCCAAUGAAGCCUUCCCCUCCAUACCUGGGGCUCUUACUUGCAGCAACUGGGACCCUGAAUGACCAUCUACAGGAAUCUUGCAAACUGUCCUCCAGUGAUGGAUACAGUGAUGCCAGUGAUGACAGCUUUUCAGAGGCAAAGCUGUCUGAGUUGGAUAUCAGCUGAAGCAACUCCACGCCUCAGGAAUAACGGGGGCCACCUGAAAGCAUCUGAAUUAAUUAUAGUCAAGAUGAAGGAGUUACCUGAAGAAAUCUCCACACUCUCUUCCCCAGUUAUGGGCUGUUGAAGACUUGAGGGAAUCUGAUAAUGUUUACUUCCUGAAACAGAACCAAAGGGAUCCUUUUCUUUUCCCUCCAGAGGCAGCCUUUAGUAUUCACAAACUUCUGUAGCUGAGUAAACUUUGCCCAACAACAGUCCUGGGAAGAAUGUCUUUUUGUCUAGAACAUAGUAAAGUGGUGAUAAGCAGGGGCCUAGGAACCUCGCUUUUUCCGUAUUGUGUGGGGAAGGCGGCAGGCAUGAACUGUAACCAAUUUUGAGUCAAAAAUGAAUCAUUCUCCUACCUGGAUUUCAGUUAUAGGUUAGUGUAAGGGCCAAGAUUAUUUCAGUAUCAUCCUGUUUAUCUUCACUUAAAAGUGAAUUUAAAUUUAGCAAGUCUAAAACUUGAAGUGACAAAUUAGGCUAUUUUCUCAAAUAUAAAAUUUAUAGGGUUCCAAACACUCAGGAAUUAAGAUAAGUAGGGCCAGCAAGAUGGCUCAGUGGGUGAAGGCACUUCUGCCAAGCCUGACACCUGAGUUCCAUCCCUGGAACCCACAUGGUGAAAGAGGGUA